AUGAGGAGCUCGGCUCUUGAGAGCAUCCCUAUAGCUCAUCGUGUUGAUCAACCGAAGAUCCUGGAGACAAACGGAGAGUCUGUAUCUGUCCUAGGACUGUCUUGGAAUCCUAAAUCCGAUAAAUUUGCAUUCAAAUUCACGAUCAAUAAACUCCCCAGGUUUUGGACCAAACGAAGCUUGUUCUCUCAAGCUGCUCGGUACUACAAUCCUUUGGACCCUUGCCAUUGUAACGGAGCUCUUGUCCACUUGUGGACAGACUCCCUGAACGUUCUUCACUGGCUUAACGCUCUGCCAUCAUCUAGACAAAACCCUGCUGAUCUGGCCUCUCGAGGCAUUAUGCCCAGUCAAUUCGUCGCCAAACGGAUCUGGUUCCACGGUCCAGAUAUCUUACAUGAAACUGACCCUCAGUACCUUGAGCUCAAGGUUAAAGUUAUUGAGCCACUGCCCUCGUUCAAUCUAGUAUCAAAUUGCUCGGAAGAAAGGCCUGAAUCUUUUGUUAAAAUCCCUCUUGGUCGUUGUUCACGUUGGCUUUGGCUUUUGCGAGCAGCGGCUUACGUCAUGCGUUUUGCCUUUCGGUGUCACGAGAGUCUGAGAAAGUCAUCCACACCACUCACUAUACAGUCCACAGAUCUAGAAUUACAUCGUCGUGAUCCGUUUAUUCAGGUUUCUUCACCAAGCUUGACAACUGAUGAGUUAGACACCGCUUCCUUGUUUUUAGUUUUUGAUCAUCAACAGCGCAAUUUUGCGCCUGAUAUCGCAGUUAUUAAAUGCAACAUCGACAUUCCGAUUGGUCAACAAGAAUUUCUUCCCGCCUCAAGCCGAUUACAAAAGCUAGCUCCCUUUCUUUCUGACGGGUUGUUACGAGUUGGAGGCAGAUUAAGCAACGCCUUGCUCGAUUCUGACGCCAAACACCCUCUGAUUUUGUUUGGCAGAGACACUCUAACCUCGUUACUUAUUCAACGAUAUCAUCUCAUUACUCUUCACAGUGGUACAAAAUUAACCUUGAGCACUCUUCGUCGGAAGUACUGGAUUACAAACGGUCGACAGAUCACUCAGCUGAUGGCUGAUCUCCCGAGAGCCCAGGUGACUCCUUCACCGGCAUUCCAAAAGACAGGUGUCGAUUAUGCCGGGCGUUUUCCCAUUCGUCUGGCAAAGCAUCGCGGGAGAGGCACCCUCAAGGGUAACAUUGCUGUAUUUGUCUGCAUGGCUAUCAGAGCUGUACAUCAGGAGGUCGUCGAAGAUUACACUGCCGAUUCCGUUAUUGCGGCUUGCCAACGGUUCACAUCUAGACGAGGUCAAUGCACUGAUCUAUACAGUGAUCGGGGCAUUAAUUUUGUGGGAGCCGACUGA